AAUGGAAGAAACAAAAUUUAGGACGCCAAUACUGAAGUUAGUAACGAUAACAUAAUAGAAUACCACAAACAUAACCUUUUACGUUUUAGGUCCUCCAUUAUUCAUAUUUUAUUAAUCCGCCAUUGUCGUUUGCGAAACUGUGGUUAUUAUUUUGUUUCUGUUAGCAAGCUGCAUUCCAUUUGUUUAUUGUGUUGUUUACUUAAUAUCGGACGUAAUUUGAAAUAAAAAUUAUAUGCUUUUAUUACAUUACGGUCAACCAUUGAAACCUACGUACUUUUGAUUAUAAUUUAUCAAAAUAAACGCGAGUUGAUACGACUCCAUUUUGGUCGUCGAUCAAUUACCUAUUUCGGUAAGUUAUUUUGUUAUUGAUUUUAAUGGAUACGCAUACCUAUAUUUUGUGUCUUACAAAAACGUACCGUGAUAAAUUUAAAUCUAAGAAACAAAUGAACCUUUCUGAACCGUUUUACCGCUGCAGUGUGUGGACUCGGUUAACAAUACACGAGUUUUAUUAAACCGUUACCGCGGCAGUGUGCGCGCACUUUUUUCGUGUUAAAGUGGAAUAAUCAUCUUUGAAGCCUUUGACCCUUAUUGAAACGCUUAAUCCACAUAAAAAUUAUAUUUUUUUUUAAGGCAAUAUCUUCAUAAACUGUAAUUAAUAUUUCAUUAAUUUCCUGUGAUUUUUUCCAUUCGUUGUUUCAUUUGUUAAUUUCCAACGUUAAUAAACGAUGAAAAAGUAAAACAGAAACAAACAACAUUUUAUUUGUGUUAAUAGCCAUUUACAAAAACCAAUUACUGAAGCACUAAUAGAUAGAGAUCCGUAGUUGGUGCGCUAAUAUUUGUGCUCUAAAAACUUAGUUUGUGUACAUAUUUAUUAGACACUACGUACAAUAGAUACCUAUUACCAAGGUACCUAUCAUAUUUGUAUUAUUAAAACUAAAUUGUUUUGUUUUUAUUUUCUAUAGGUUGUAUACUUAAAGAAUCAUAAUGAAUUCAACAUUCAGAAUGCCAUUAAUAAUCCAACCUCAACCCCCACCAACGCACUCUGAGACCUUACUUUUUAAUGACAUUUUAGAAGAAAAAAUAACUUUACUGCGGAAUACAUUUACUGAAUUUUUACAAGUACAGUCUUACCAAAAAUUUAAUGCUGAAUUUUCCAACUUCUUAAAACGUUCAAAACGUAUCAUACAAGAAGGUCAUCGCAAUGGUUCAAAUUUCUCACGAAUGAUUAGUUCAACAGACAUAACUCCAUUUUUUAGUAGGCCAUCAGCAAGUUUGUACAGACCACAAACAGCUUUGUCUGCGAUUGGUUCCAGCAGCAGAAGUGCAUUUAAGGCUCCAGUACCUACUGAACAGUCUAAUAAUCUGCCACAAAACCCAGAGGUUAACAUUCAACCAACCAACCAACCAACAGUGCAUUUAUCUCGUGAUGAUAAUAAUACGUGUUCUACAAGUUCUUUCCAGCCAAAUGUUAUAUCUUCCACUGUAAAUGAAAACGCCCAAGAAGAAAACCAACCUAGUACUUCAGCUGCUUUUACAAAUUCUACAAAUAAUCAGUCGCCUGCUGUUUCUGACAAAAAUACAAUAUCUAAGCGUAAUUCAUAUUCAGAUGUAACAGUAAUUGAGAAUAAACUUGAAGAUUCUCAAAAAGAUGAUGGCAGUAAUUCCAUAGAAUCUCUUCUAGGUAAUGCUGGUUUUAAAAUUGAUAUUGGAAAAAUAGAUGAAAGUAACAUAUCUAAAAACAAAGAUAAGGUAAAUGAGAAAAAUAAAGAAAAAUACUUGUCUAAGUGGUCUGUAAAUCUAAAGCGUAUCAAAUUAGUUCACAAAUCAAAAAUCUGUUUGGCUAUAACAGGUAAUGUAAUUUAUUUUUGUAAUUAAAAUGUAUAUUUCAUUAUAAUAUACUUAUAUUUUAUUUAUUUUUUUUAGGAAGUUUAUUAAGUGAUGAUAGAAAUACAAUAAAAGAAAGGUUUCAUGAUGCUGGAUAUUUAGAAGGUAGAAAGGAAAAUAAUUUGAUCAAAACUACAAAUGGAAUAUACAAUUUAAUUGGCAAUAUUAUUGGUGGAUCUCCAAAUGAAUUAUACCAUGUAUGUUUGGAAGUUAGAGGUAUUCCUAGGACUUGGAGACAAAUUGUUAAUAAGUUAACUAAUAAUGAAAGAGAUAAAAGAAAUGAAACAUUAAAUUUUACUUUGGAAUCUCCUGCUGGCCCAAGUAAUGCAAGAAAAAAUGAUGUGAAAUCUAAUCUUCAUAUGAAUGAAGAGACCAAUGCAAAGCGAAAACGUUCUGAAUCAGACUUAACAGAAAAUCAUAAAAGUAAACAACGAAAAUUAACCAAGCAGUUAACACCAUUGAUGGCAUCAACACCUUUCAAGGCAAAAAAAAAGGACACAAUGUUUGAAACUCCAAGUCAAAUGAAAUCUCAGAAAAACAAAGUCAAUGAAAACUUACAUAGGACACGUAAUUCUACUAGAAACACCAUAAAUGGAACAGGAAAGGGACUUUUGAAAGAUCAGGUAUAAUUAAUUGGUUAUUUAUUAUUUCGUAAACAUUUUCUCUGCAUUAACCUGGGUAUUAGCAUUUUCACUGCUAUACUAUUUUUACUUUGCAUCCUGUUUUACGCUAAAUAAAAAAAAAGUUUGUAUUUUUAUAUUGCUCUGUUAAUAAGAAAGCAGCAUAAAAUCAAAUUAUGAGGUUAAACAAAUUUUAUAUUAAAAUUAACUUAGUAUUAAAGAUUUAAAUAAUAAUAAUCAGAGCUUCACAAUAAAACCGCAUCUUUGGUACUAUCUUUUAUAUGAAAAUAACAAAUUAACAAUAUACCUAAAUAAAACAAUAUUAUCAAUAAUAUUCAUAGUAACUGUAUUGAUAAAUGAUAACCGAACAUUAUACAUUUACACAAUUUGUGUUUUUUCUUAUCAAAUGUUUUAAUAUAUUCUUUAUCUCUUGGUAAAAUACCACAAUGAUAUUCUAGAUAUUUUAUGUUCUAUUUAAAAGUAUGACAUUUUACGUCUGGAACAGUGGGUAGUGUAAUUAUUUUAGUCUUGUUAUUCUGUAGAAGGGUUAACAAUUUUUAAUACAAAUAAUUAGUUUUUUUUUUAAAAAAAUUGAAUUGAUAACUGAAUAUUAUAUUGCAAUUGUUUAAAACCAUGCUAAUAAUUAUCUAUGAUUUUGUAAUUAAUAAUAGAACGCUAAUAAUACAUUUUAUAUGAAAAAAACAAAAUGCUUUUAACCUGUUAUUAAACUAUAGAAUUAAUUAUUUUAAAAAAAAUGUAGAAACAAAUAGGCAAAUGAAACUGAAAAAUGUAAUUAUUCUUUAUGUAUAUUUUCUUAAUAUAUUAUAUAGAUAAUAUGGGUUAUCUUAUCUUGUAUGUGCUUUACCACACUAUUUUAUAUCUUCAUUAUCAUAGUAAUAAAAAAAAAAUACACUCUUUCUAUACAUUAUAAUUUAAUAUGUGAACUUGUGUAUAGUUUAUUAUUAAAUAAUCAGUUUUUUGAUCGUAUAUUUUGUCAGUACUCAGGUUCACAUGUUAUUUUCAAAAAUGUGUGUUCUAAAUGUUAGAAAAACAAUUUUAUGAUAUUGUACAAAAUGAGGAAUCUGUUACUAUUUUUUUUAAAAAUCUUUUAGUAAAUGUAGUUUUCUACAUUUACAUGAAAUGAAAUAUUAUUUUAAAAAAGAUUUUUGCAAAAGAAAGGAAAUUGUUGAGGUUUAAAAGUAAAGUGUAUCAAACAAUUUUAAGUAUAAGGUAAGAAACAGCCUAUUUUUUUUUAGUUCUAAUUAUUAAUGAUUAUGAAUAACAAAAUGAUGUCGCUAUUGAUAAUGUAUAAUAUUGCUUAUGUAUAAUCAUUUUAAUAUAACAAAACACUAACAUCAACCACUUUUUAUGAGAAGAUAAAAUAAAUAUUGCUGUGGUGGUAAAACUUGAUAAAAUGCAUACAACAUAAUGUUAUGUACUAAAUUUUAGAAAUGAAAUUUAAUAUACUUCUACAUUAACUUCUUGUUUACAUUUAAUAAAUGAUUUAAAAGGUGAUAAUUUUUAAUUUAUAGUCCAUUGCAUCAUUGAAACGGAAAACUCCGGAAAAAACAUUAUUGAACAGUAAUAGCAGAACAAAUUCUAGUAAACGAGUAUUAGGAAAUUCGACAAAGGGGAGUAGUGUUAUUAGUUCUAAACAAACUUCAUUGGUAAACAAUUCAAAGCUAGUAAUUAAAAAAACACCUGAAAAUGAUAAAUCCACGAAAAGUGUAAAAAUUGUGAACCGUAAACAACUUACAUUGGCUAAGAAUUCAAAGCUAGUAAUUAAAACGCCUGAAAAUGAUGUAUCUACAGAAAGUAUAAAAGUUGUUAAUCGUGAACCACCUACAUUGACUAAGAAUUCAAAGCAAGCAAUUAAAACACCUGAAAAUGAUAAAUUUACAAAUAAUGUAAAAGUUGUAAACUGUAAACAACCAUCAUUGGUAAACAAGUCAAAGGUAGUAAGUAAAACACCUGAAAAUGAUAAAUCUACAAAAAAUGUAAAAGUUGUAAACCGUAAACAACCAUCAUUGGUAAACAAGUCAAAGGUGGUAAGUAAAACACUUACUUUGGCUAAGAAUUCAAAGCAAGUAAUUAAAACACCUGAAAAUAAAAAAUCUACAAAAAGUGAAAAAGUUGUAAAAGAUAAGAAAAACAUCACACUGUCUCUAAAAAAAAGUACUAAAAAUAAAAUUACAAAGGUGACCAAACAAAAAGAAAAAAAUUCUUCUGAGCGUAAAGUAUCUGCCAAAAAAGAAAAAAAAAACAAACUUGAAAUGAAAAAGAAACAAGCUAAUACUUCAAGAGGAGAAAUUGGUCUCUUUGACAAUAUAGAUUAUUCUGCAUAUGGUGACCUAAGUGAUUUCAACAUUAUGGCAUCGCCGACAAAGUUAACAUCAACUUCAUGUACUGAAACUUCCAGAAGUGAAACCCCUCCAUUAUUUGGUCAUCAAUGGAGUUCAUCGGGCAAAUCAAUAGCCAUGAGUGAAGGACCAUCAUUACUAUGUAAAUCUAUUGAGGCUAAAGCAUUAAAGAGAGUCAAAGCACCAAAAUUUACUUUAGAAGAAGAACUAAAAAAUAAUAGAAGAACAAAUAAUAAACAGUCCAUUGACUACAAAAAAGUCACAAAUCAAAUCAACCAAAUGUUGCAAUUUGGGGAACAGUAUGAUAGGGAUGAUGAUUCCUUUUUUGAUUCGGUAAUUUAAUCAAUUGACAACCAAAUGUAUUUAAUUUUUUUUCACUAUUUUCUAUAUAAACCUUAUUCAUUUAUAUAUAUAUAUUUUUUUUUGUCAUUGACAUUCCUACUCAAUUGCCACAGUGGUAAAUAAGAAUGUUUAUAUAAUAUAUAUAUAUAUUUUUUUUUUUGCACUAUUUUACCUUGUCUCCAAAUCAAGCAUUAUAACAAAUAAUUGUGCUGAUAAGCUAACCUAUUAGACUUAUGUAUAAAUUGUAACGGUUUAUAUUUUUCAACUUAAAAAAAUCAAGUUUUCUAAUAAUAAAUAUAAUAAAUUUAUAUUAAUAAAAAUUUAGACUUAUAUAUUGGCAAAUUUUAGUAAAAAUAAUUCUAUUUUAUAAUAUCUAUUAUAUAAUUAUUUAAUGUUUAUUAGUAUAAUGGUUAGUUAUAUAAAAAUAAUUAAAUUCUUUCACUUACACUUACUUAAACAUAAUAUACUCAUUUUGUAUGCUUUUUUAAACUAGUUAAUUUUGAAUAUAACAAAAUAUUCAGUUAUAGUAAUGUAAUUGUUUAUUAAUAGAAUAAUUAUACAUUCAAUGUAUAGUGGUAGCAACUGCUACUUCGCCAUUUUUAUCAGGGUUGCAAAUUAAUAACUGCACAAUCCUAUGAUUAUUUUUUUGCUUUUUUAAUCAUGAUCACACUAAUGUAAUAAUUAUAUUAUUGGCUAUUUGAACUUGAAUAUAUA